CACACACAAACAAAGGAAACCAAACAUGCUGAAGCCCAUACAUGCACGCACAAGUGAUUAACCAGAAAAAGUAGGAAGACAACAUAAAGAAAAAAUUGAAGAGGAAAAGGUUGAUGUUUUCAUUAAUUAAACCCAAAUAAAAACACACACACACACACACACACACACACAUAUAUAUGUGAAGCAGCUCUUGGCAUAGCAUGUGAGCAGUCACGGAGCUACCCAGACCUGCUGCACUGUUUCCCUUGUGAUACUUCCUCUCUCCGUCUCAGCCUCCAUAGUCUAAGCAGAAAUGGUCUCUCCAUUUUUGUGCCUCUUAGUUCUUAUCCUCCUCAUUGGCCAUUCCUUGGCUUCACCUUAUGAGGGGCCCCUGUACGAUUCUACUGCUUACACAAAGUGUAAAGCACAACCCGAAGAGGCGCUUUAUGACGGAGGGAUCCUCAAAGACCAGGUUCCAGAUAUGACACCAAUGAUUGGAAACGAUAAUGGAACAGGACGAGUUCCGGCUUUCGUAUUGCAACAUCUCACCCAAGGCACUAUUUACUGCUUUUCCAGUUGGGUCAAGAUAAAUGGUGCCGAUUCAUCUAUUGUAAGAGCAAGCCUGAUGACAGAGGAUACAACACAAAACUGUAUUGGGACGGUUUUGGCCAGCCACGGUUGCUGGUCAUUCCUCAAGGGUGGAUUUGUAUUAGCUUCAUCAUCAAAGAUAUCCUUACUAUACUUUCAGAAUUCAGAUAACAAAGAGAUUGAUAUAGCAAUUGCUGGGGCUUCUUUGCAGCCAUUUACUGAGCAACAGUGGAGAAUGAAUCAGCAAUACAGAAUAAACACUGAAAGGAAGCGUGCCGUGACAAUCCAUGUGUCAGAUGAACAUGGAGAUAGGUUGCAAGGAGCAGCAAUUACAGUAGAGCAAGUGUCUAAAGACUUCCCAUUUGGAUCUGCCAUUGCCAAGACUAUUAUUGGAAAUAAGCCGUAUCAGAAUUGGUUUGUUAAAAGAUUCAAUGCAGCAGUUUUUGAGAAUGAACUCAAGUGGUACACUACAGAACCUAAACCAGGGCAGAUCAACUAUACUUUAGCAGACCAGAUGUUGGAAUUCGUUCGAGCAAACCAAAUUAUUGCAAGAGGACACAAUAUCUUCUGGGAGGACCCUCAGUAUACGCCAGCAUGGGUUCGUAACCUAACAGGUUCAGAGCUACAAUCAGCUGUCAACUCCCGUAUAGAAAGUUUAAUGAGCAAAUAUAGUGAAGAAUUCAUACACUGGGAUGUUAGCAAUGAAAAUCUUCAUUGGGAUUUCUACGAGCAAAGGCUUGGCCGUAAUGCCACCUUGCAUUUCUUCGAGACAGCACACCAAUCAGAUCCAUUGGCAACGCUGUUUAUGAACGAAUAUAAUGUCUUGGAGACUUGUAGUGAUGUUAACUCCACUGUGGACACCUACAUUUCGCGGAUGAGAGAACUCAAACAGGGUGGUGUGUCAAUGGAUGGAAUCGGCCUAGAGGGUCACUUCACAGUGCCAAACCGUCCUCUAAUGAGAGCCAUUCUAGACAAGUUAGCUACGCUAAGGCUUCCAAUUUGGCUUACAGAGAUUGAUAUCAGCAAAAUAUUAUCCAAGGAAGCACAGGCUGUUUAUCUAGAAGAAGUUCUGAGAGAGUGCUUCUCACAUCCCUCUGUAAAUGGGAUAAUGCUUUGGACUGCCCUACAUCCAUAUGGUUGUUACCAGAUGUGCCUUACUGACAAUGAAUUCCGUAAUCUCCCAGCUGGUGAUGUGGUUGACAACCUUUUGAAAGAAUGGCAAACUGGGGUUUUGGAAGGUCAUACAGAUGAACAUGGUUCAUAUAGCUUCUCUGGGUUCUUAGGUGAAUACAAGGUGGCCGUUGAAUAUGGAAACAGAAUUGCAAAUUCAACAUUCUCACUUUGUCGAAGUGAUGAAACUAGGCAUUUUAACAUUCAAAUGUAGCUGUUACAACAGUGGUCUAUAGAAAGCAUAUUUUCUACUAGUACAUCACUUACAGUAUGGGGAGUAUCCGCUAUCUUUAUACAUGCUACGCAAUAUAAUUUUUGGGGAAGUUCGGUUAUGGAAUAUAAGUCGACUCUGUGAUCUUCUAUGAACUUCUCUGCCGUGUGUAUAUUUUCCAAGCACUAUGGAAGCACAAAUUUCCUGAGGCAAGCAAAUAACCCAUGCUUUUUAAGAUUAAAAUGUCUCUUCUUUGAUAAUUUUGGAGUACAUAGGAGCUGAAAAAUUAAUUUAUAAUGGCCUAUUCAAGGCACAUUCUAAAGAAAAGAUCACAGAGCAAUGGCCAAUAGGCCUUAAUAUGCAUAGUUGAAAUUUUAAUUUCUUC